AUGUUUUCUGUUUUGUUUUUUAUUUCAAAUCAUUUAGAUAAUUUACUAUUGGUUGGUGGAUAUAAUGGUCAUGAAACUUUAGAUACUACAUGGAUAUUUGAUCCUGUUGCUUGGAAAUGGCGUUCAGGACCAAAUUUAUUGUUUGCUCGUUCCAGUUGUGGUACAAUAUUAACAUCAGAUAAAUGUUAUAAUUUAAUAUUCGGUGGUUAUAAUCCUUUAAAAUUUAACAAUGGAUUUUCAGAUACAAUUGAAAUGAUUUUUUAAAAGGUAAAAUUAUUUUCUUACUUUUUUUUUUGUUUUGAUUGUAUUAUUCUUUUAUGUGACUAUGAUUCAUUCUUUUUGUAUUCUUAAGCUCUUAAAAACCAUUGUUGACCUUUAUCGUGCAUUGAAUGACGAUAAUGGUUGUGUUUUUAGUCUCAGUGCAUUGUACUGUUUUUUUUUUACAUCUCUGAUCUUACUUACAAUAUGUCUGACUGUAUGUGUCAACUGUGCUCAUACUGUGUGUCCUUGUUUUGUUUUUGUUAUAAAAGAGAAUUUCAUUUGAAUCACACUUACGCACACUGUUCAUGUAUGUAUGUAUGGUAUCCUAUUUUUUGUUUGUGUGUGUUUGUAUGAGCACAUUCUUGUGUUAGAUUCAUUUUUGUGUACCUAAUCUUCAUUUUUGCGUAUGAUAAUCUAUUUCAUCAUUCAUUCAUUUGCAUGUAUGAGAAAUAAUAACAGUAAAUAGAAUAUUGUAGACUGAUAUUUGAUUUGAUUUAUCAAUCGUUUAUAUAAACACUGUGGGA